AUGACCUCGAAAUUCCGCUGUCUCCGUUCGGCGCGUCUCGCAGCGCGUCACCCGUGUCCGCGAAGAACAUUUGCUUCAGCCGCCAAUAACCGCGCAGACCACGUUCGCAUCGUCGAAGUAGGACCACGGGAUGGGCUGCAGAAUGAGAAGCAGACGGUGCCUCUGGCGACCAAGAUCGAGCUGGUCGAGAGGCUGGCAAGGACUGGAUUAACGACCAUUGAGGCAGGCUCCUUCGUCUCGCCCAAAUGGGUACCACAGAUGGCCAACUCGGCUGACAUCCUCGAGCACGUACUCUCCCGAACACCACAGUCGCCGCAUCCCAUCACCUACCAAUGGCUCCUGCCCAACGCCAAGGGCUUCGACAACUUCCUUUCCAUGUGGAAGUCCAGGUCGACACCAUCAUCUUCAGGCACCGAUAAUGGUCCAGCCCUCAACACGUCCUCCUCGGAUCCAAAUGCUAUGCCCUCAGCAUCCUCCGGCGCCGAAGCCAUGGGCAAAAGUCGCAAUGCAACAACACCCAUACAUGAGCUCUCCAUCUUCACAGCGGCGACCGAAUCCUUUACGCAAAAGAACACCAAUUGCUCUAUCGCCGAGUCGCUGAAGCGUUUCGAACCUAUCAUGUCCAAAGCAAAGGAGAUGGACCUCAAGGUCCGGGCAUACAUCUCAGUCGCACUUGGCUGCCCUUACGAAGGGCCAAAUGUAGACCCCCAUAAGGUGGCGGAGCUGGCAGUCAGCUUGCUCGAAAUGGGCGCCGACGAGAUAUCGGUGGCGGAUACCACGGGCAUGGGCACUGCGCCCAAGACGCUGGAGCUCUUGAAGACUCUGAAUGCUGCUGGUGUGACCAAGGACGACCUGGCGCUGCACUUCCACGAUACCUACGGUCAGGCGCUGGUUAAUUCCGUCGUCGCUCUGGAACACGGCAUUCGCACCUUUGAUUCAGCCGUCGGUGGGCUUGGAGGCUGCCCUUUUAGUCCGGGCGCGACUGGAAAUGUUGCGACUGAGGAUCUGGUACACUGUUUCCAUAGCUUGGGCGCCAAGACUGGUAUCGAUAUGGAGAAGCUUGCUGAGGCAGGUGAGUGGAUCUCGCAAGAGCUGGGCAGGGCGAACGAUAGUAGGGCUGGCAAGGCUGCGUUGGCCCAGCUGAGGAAGUCGGCGUAG